AUGGCUCUCCGAUCACAACUAUCACUCUCCUUUCUCCGCCCUCUCGCUCCGCCACAACCUGCCACGAUCCGCUCCUUCAUGCGCAUCAACAGCCCUCAAAUACGACGUCUGGAGACUUCCGCACCCUCAUCACGGAUAUCAAAUAUCGAACCAGUCGCUGUCCCAGCUACCUCGCCUCACUCAGCCGCUACACAGACUCCCUCAGACAUAACCAAGACAGACGCCAGUGGCUCGCGAGCACCGGCUGCGGAAAAGCUGCCAUACUUUGUCCAGCGCACGCCCUCUGGCCAAUUGCCGGUAUAUCGCGACAGCAAGGCACAUGGCAUGAAGAAGCUUGUGAAGAUCAGGAAGCUGCAUGGCAACUUGGACGUCCUGGCAACGGAAAUAAAGGAUCAUCUGGAACUGCCAAACACCCAUGUCAAUAUCAAUAGAUUAACAGGGCAUAUUGAUAUUACGUGUCCAGGAGGUAAAGAUGUCGCGCCGCAGGUGUUGAAAUUUUUGGUAUCAAAAGGCCUCUGAGGGAGAUCACCACAUUCAGAUAUGAGAGGAAGAGAUGUAUAUCCGAGUCUAUCCAGUUGAUAGACCUUCCUAUGCAUCGCAGCAUUCUUGUAAAUAUACAAAUGUAAUAAAUACACGGCCAAAGCUACGAGGCAUUAACAACAAGAACUUCUCCGUCUGUACUUCAAAUAGGCUGAGAAGAAGCUUUUAAGAGAACUUAAUUUGUGGUCCUCAAGGCCUUUUAACACUGUCUUCAAAACAUAAUAGACAUUCCCUCUUGUUGGCG